UUCCCUUAUAUGACUUAAUGCACUGAGAAGCCUUGAGCAUUGCCAUAUUUAAGCUGAGAUCCUCAGAAUCAGCAGCUUUACAUCUCAAAAAUUGCACUACCCAGGCUGCCAGCUUCUCCUUCUCAACUCUGGAGCUAGGCCGUUCAGCCUGGCUUCCGAACAGGGCCUUACUUCCAUAUGCUUCUCGUUAAUUAUCAAUUCUUAUUUGAUGCAACAGUCUAGCACCUAGUACAGCCAUCCAGUAGCUUUCUGUACUUUGCAUAAAUUGAUCAUGCACUUUUUUUAAUAACACAUGGUUCAGGUGGCAUUUGUUGCCAUCGGAGCAAUUAUGGUAGGAAGCAUCACAUUCGUGAAAAAGGAGGGCGACUACGUCCACAAGGGAGAUGAGUUUGGAUAUUUCUCUUUUGGAGGGAGUACGGUAAUCUGCGUGUUUGAGAAGGAUGCGAUACAAUUCGAUGCUGAUCUUCUAGCCAACAGCGAAAGAUCACUGGAAACUCUUGUCGAGGUUGGCACAACAUUGGGCGUCUCCAAACGGAACAGAGGGCUAAAAGUUUCGAAGCUACAAAAGUGUCAAUUGAAUGAUAGAAGUUAG